AUGCUGCGAUCCUCCACCACGCUUCAGACGGAUACAGUCAACCGAUUCUUUCUCAGGGUUUCAAGUAGCAACAGCAGCAGUGGCAGCGUGCGGAUGGUGUGGGUUCACCUGGCCUCGCCCGCCACCUUUUCUGCUGCUGCCACUGCUGCUUCCACCUCACAUCUUCUAUUCGCCCGUGAUGCUUACCUCGUUGUUGCUGCUGCCUCCAACGCCACUUCUCUGCGUCACCCGAUGAAGCGACCACGGGACGACUGCGCCGGGCUGGGGGCAGACCAGCCGCUACUGGGUGGACGUGAGAGCCCGUUGAUGCGAGGCGGGGUGAUGAGAGGCGGGAUGGAGCGAGGCGGGAUGGAGCGAGGCGGGAUGGAGCGAGGAGGGAUGGAGCGAGGUGGGAUGGAGCGAGGCGGGAUGGAGCGAGGCGGGAUGGCGUGCAGGGGGGUGGUGUGUAGCACGCAGAGCCGGCGUCAGUCAGUGGCAGAGCAGUUUCAGCAGCAGGGGGAGAGCAGCCGUGCACAUGCAGCGGACGAAGCCCUUUUGGAGGCUCUGCUGCAGGAGGGGCUUCGGCAGCAGCAGCAGCAGGGAGGAGCGAGGAGCAGGGUGCAGUGGGUGUUGUGGCCACGCGUUGGGUCGGAGAGUGCCCUUCCAGACGACGUGCUGCUGGGAUUCAGCAGCGAGGAUGCUGCCCUCACGAAACGUGCUGCUCUGUCUGCUCCUCCACCCAUCCACCCACGUGCAGUGCUGCCAGCGCCAAUGCCGUCCGAACUCGCUGCUCCGCCUAGUUCUGCUCUCUGCUUUCAAAAUCCCAUCGCUUGCUGCGGGGAUUUUGCUCCCUGCUUUGGGGAUUUCUUGUUGCAGUUAGUGGACUGGCCGCGCGUUGGGUCGGAGAGUGCCCUUCCAGACGACGUGCUGCUGGGACUCUGCUGCGAGGGCCCUGCCUUCUCGCAGUGCUCUGCUCCCUCGGCUCCUCCGCCCACCCCGUUGCCAGCGCCAGUGCCCUCCGUGCUUGCUGCUCCGCGUGGCUGCGCUCUCGGGAGCGAUUGUGCGACUCGUGAGCUGGAAUGCCUGGACGCAUGCAUUGACAUGCUUGCCAACGGAAACAACACCAACGGCAACAGCAACGACAACGACAACGGCAACGACAGCAACGGCAACAGCGACGUGGCUCUCUUUCUCGACACGCCAGUGGCUCACAUGCUGCUGGGUGGAAGUACCCUCACCAUACACUGCGGGAGUGGGCCUCAGCAACAGGCGCUGGCAGCCUCUGGUGUUGCUGGGGCAGACCUGCCUGAGUGGACGCUGGAGCAAGGAGGAGACUAG